UUGGAUGAAAAAGAAAGAAAGAAAGUCCCCCUGCACAGCAGAUGAAGAGGGGGCUGUGUGCUCACAAAUCACUCCACAGAGGGAGAAAGAGGAAGGCAGAACUUGCCAUCGAGCACCGCUACUUGUUGUUGCCUGUCUGAGGCAGCGUGAGUGUUGUUGUCUUCCUACCGCUCCGCUAGUCGUUUAUUCAAAGAAACUAUGAGCCUCAAAAAGUUUGAUCGAAGAAUAUAAAGACGGAUAAGAGCAUCCUGAAGGAAAGGAGACUGCUGCCAGUAACAGAUACCGAGUGGAGGAUGAUGGCAGAGGGGCGUUUUGCCAGCCUUCCCAGGACGCUCCACGCACAUCACACACUGGGAGGCAAUUCCCAUGUCGAUGACCCCAGCCUCGGCGCUUCAAGUGGGAGUACCUGCCACUCUAGGAAGCUGCAAGCCUCCGUUGCCUCCUCCAUGGAUCUUCUCAGCUCGAAACCAAGUCUCACUCCAGGGUGUAACGGAUUGGAGUUCCCCGUGGCUUAUUACCAGCAUUUAUCUAUUCAUGGAACGCUGCCUCGACGUAAGAAGGGAGGCUCCAGCAAUACCUGGGACCCAAGAGCAAAACACACUCAGCCAGUAAAUAGCAGAAGUUUAACAGUGUUAGCUGCACAAGUCCACCAGCCAAUGACCUCGCCGCUGGUCCAAAAUAUUAUCGACGACUUCUGCAGUUACAGGGAGCCCGCUGUGGGUGUGGAUGCCACUGUGGACUAUGUCAAGUUUUCCCAAGAUCAGUUCAUCCUCGACGAUCCAUCAGAGAAGCUUCGCAGAGAGCUGGAGGAAGAACUGAAGAUGAACAGCGAAGAGCCAAGAAGUCAUGCUUGGUACCACGGUGCCAUACCUCGGCAGGUUGGCGAAAACUUGGUCCAGCGAGAUGGAGAUUUCCUGAUUCGUGAUUCGUUGUCCAGUCCUGGAAGUUACGUUCUGACAUGUCAAUGGCGAAAUACAGCCCAGCAUUUUAAAAUUACCAAAAAGGUUGUGAUGUUGAACGAAGCCUAUUCAAGGAUUGAGUUUCGCUUGGAGCGAGAAAGUUUUGACAGCAUUCCUGCUCUAAUACGAUAUUACGUUGGCAACCGAAAACCUGUCUCUCAGGUGGUAGGUGCCAUUAUAUUCCAUCCCAUCAACCGCGCACUGCCAUUGCGCUCCUUGGAACAUAAGUACGGACUGUCUGGUAACCAUCGAAAGUCAGAAUUGGUCGAACAGGAACGGCGGCAUCAGAAACGGCUCAGCCUCAACAUUGCCAACGGACAAAUUCAAGAGAACACGCACAGCGUACACGAUGGUGCCCACUACCACAAUAAUGGAAUGAGUAGAGGUAGCCAGCCAAGGUUGAAGGAUCGUUGCGGCAGUCAACCAGCGAGUCUAAAUCAGCUUCCAGAGAAGCGGCGCCCACUUAAAGCACACCAAUCAGAGAGCUUUCUACCACUUGGAACCAAACCUCAGAACCACCUGCCCUCAGACCCCCUUCCCCUCAGCCCAAAUGCCAAGUCUCCUGUGUUUCGGACAGGCAGUGAGCCAUUGCUGAGCCCGUCAGUCCAACGGAGGUUGGCUACGCCCCAAACAGGCCAACCAAUCCGUGGCUCUGACAGCCAGCUGUGUCCUAAGCCUCCACCCAAACCCAGCAAAGUUCCACUGACACGCUUGCCUCACUUCCAGUGCCUUCAGCUCCCAGGUCCCUCUUCGGGCUCCACAGAGCCCACCAGCCCCAGCCUGUCGUUACCCAUUCUGGACUCCACAUGUGAGGAAGCUCUUGUUUGUCCAUGGAGGAUGGGAGGUCCGCUGAUAAAGUCUUUUCAAGCAGACCUGCGAAGCUCUUCCAGCAGUGCACUUCCACACAUUCAGUAUCCCGAAUCUGAAGCGAUACCAGGACGAACUAAAUGCCAGGCACCCACUUCUGCAGACCUGGAACAGAAUGACCCAAACCUUCCAAACUUUAUUCCGGACAACGCCCAUGAACUUGAGAAGCUGUCAUGCAGCUAUGUUGAGAGAUUGAGGCAAGAAGGUGAGGACCUCGAUGAGGUGGGAGGCCAGAGAGGACUGGACAGAAGUUCCUACCAUCAUGCCAUUGAGGCGUUAGAAAACAGCAGCGAGGAACAAGAGGAGGACACGGGGAGGGAGGAGCAGGAGGACGAAAAGAGGAAUGUGUUCCUGAGGCCCGUGGUGGAGACGGAGUCCACAUUCCGACCAACGGAGUUCAACUCGCGACUUCUGCCCGCUGAAAAUAAACCGCUGGAGAUGUUGGUUUUGAAGAGAGCCAAGGAGCUGCUGCUGAGCCACAACCACCACAGCAUAGCUCGACACCUGCUAAUGGCUGACUGCCAGGUGGCAAGGAUACUCGGAGUGUCGCCUGAGCAAAGAGGUCAGAUGGGCGUUGCUUCUGGCCUGGAACUGAUCACCUUGCCACAUGGUCAACAGCUGAGGCUGGACCUGAUGGAACGACACCACACUAUGGCGAUAGGCGUCGCUGUCGAUAUUCUGGGGUGCACGGGCAGUGUGGAAGAGCGGGCGUGCACUUUGAAUCGGAUUGUCCUGGUCGCAUUGGAGUUGAAGGACACUGUCGGUGACCUGUUUGCAUUCACCGCCCUGAUGAAAGCUCUGGAACUGCCCCAGAUCAGUCGCCUGGAGGAAACGUGGAAGACUCUAAGGAGGAACUACACACAGACUGCAAUUAGCUAUGAGAAAACUCUAAAACCUUUCUACAAGAAUCUCUACGAGGGAACAGCCCCUUGUCCUGCUGUGGUGUGUGUUCCACUCCUGGUGCCGCUCCUCACCUUGCUGGAGCGUCCUUCCAUCCCGGCAGAGGGGGCGGAGCUGUGGGAGACCAGCGACCAGGGCUGUGACAUCAUGCUGCGUCACCUCGAGGCCGCACGCCACGUGGCACAUCAUGCUCAAAGCUACACUGAGAAUGCACAAACAGUCAUGCAUGGUUUCCAAUGCGAUGAAGACCUGCUGGAGGUGUUCAAGACGGACUUUCAGCUACGGCUGCUGUGGGGGAGUCGCGCCGCUUCAGUCAACCAAUCGGACCGCUACAGCAAAUUCAAUCUCAUCCUCACUGCCUUGUCAAGAAAGUUGGAGCCCCUGCCCAAAAUACACACUUUAAUUUGACUUCCAAUGGACAGCAACAAACAGAAUGUAUAGGCUUACAGACUGCUUCACUUUAGCCAUUUAAUGUGACAUUGGUGAGAAAUAGAAGAGCUAAAACACUCAUUAGCAAAGACAGGGGAAGGGAGAAUCUGAAUCAGGUCCAUUCUUUGUUUUUCAGCUUAUUUUCAUCUAAUUUGAUCAAUAACGGUAGAUUCCUGUAAAAAGGAAAAUUUAAAUUUUUUUGUGUUGCAAAUCCUGAAACUGACAAUGAAUUCUAUUUUCAAAAAAAUUUAUUGAUAAUUUAAAAUUGUAGGCAUUUAUAGUUCAUGCAUUUUUUUAUUGACAGUGAAUGAUGGUGGCCCACUGAAAUUAAUUUCUUGCAGGAUCCUUAAGACAUAAACAGGUUUAUAAAAAACUUUAUGUUGCCCUUCAAACCAAUGUAUUGAUCAAAGGAUAUGAAAACAAGCGUUACAUUUUGGGAGGAGGCCAGCAUAUCUACACUACAUACAGCCAGACAAAAUAUUCCGACAAAUGUACAGAUUCAUUUUCAAAGGUUGUAAACUAUAACCUGAACGACUUCAUUGCCACUCAAUGAUACAACGUAAUGUUACGAUAGAGCUCGUGCACCUACGUCAUAAAAUCACGUGACUUGUUUACCUUGCCAUAUUGCCAGUCAAGCUAAGCAUUGUUUAAUGCUAAGUUGGUUGGAGACGACACGGAAAUAUGUCUUGUAGCACGACGCCCAGAGUUUUGUCCGAUAUCGUCAGACAUUUAGAAGGUGAAAAUAAAUGACGGUACGUGGAAAAAUUAGAUAAACUCGGCAUAGAGGACCCGUAUAUAAUACUGAAAUUGAUGUUUUUGCCAAUAAGAAAUUGGACUGUUAAUUCGCUUUCGCUUGUCUUGGACAACUGGAUAUACACAUGGAUCUGGUGAGUAAGUCAUCGAGAUUUACACAGAAAAGUUUGAAAGCGUAUAAAAGUCUGGACGCAUUCGAAUACUUUGCUGGAUCUGUUCUUAUCAGAAAUACAUCGUACAUAGUGACGCUUUUGACAGCUCGUGGACGCGGAAGUGUGUUUGGCAACACGUUAACCAUUGCCUGAAUCCAUUGAUCUUUUCAGCUAGUAUUCAAUACAAAUACCAAUAUUUAAAUAAAUGACUCCUGGUUUUACAGAAACUCACAUUCAUUAACUUUGAUUUAAAAAAUAAAGAGGACGGAGUUGUCUCCACGGAACGUACACUGAAGCAAUUGCAGUCACACUUAACCUCCGUAAACCUCUGCGACAGAUAGUUUUUUUUUAAGAUGCAUUGUUCUUAAUGAGCCAACUUGGCGUUAAAAAUACUUUUUGGGUAAUUUGAGAUUGAGAAGAGUAAUUCCUACCUUAAAUGAAACAAUCGCAACACAGGUGUGUGUAUUUUGGUUAGGCACCAUCCGUCAUGUUUAAUUGCCGAAAUCCAUUGAUAUUUUCUGGUCUUUUCAGCUGGUAUUCCAUAGAAUUAUCUCUUUGAAUAUCUGUCUCGUCUGUUGUGACAACCAACAGCACAACAGAUCUCGGGUGUUGUAAAUAUUGUCCUCCGGUUCAAUGUCUCCCACAAUGUCGAGGAGCUCUGUUUGACCAGCAAUAUGGCGCCGUGAAAAUGGUGACGUCAUGUGCAUGAGCUCUAUAAAAUGGUAUUUUAGUGAGGCUGAUCUUGUGGUAGCUAUUGUGAGCAUAAUGUGCUGUUUGUUCAUCAUUUCCACUUCGAUUGUCAUGUACUGUAUAUGUUGUGUUUCACAAAAUAGUUUCCCCUCCAUUCCUUCAAUGAUGUGUUGGAAGUAGCCAGAAUAAGAAAUGCUUUAACUUGGUCACUACUUGUGGAUUGUAAAUUUACAAAGAACCUUGUGCGUCUUUGGAGUGCCACGGCCCUGUAAAGGCACUAUGAUGAAAAUGACAAAGACGUUUUUGCACUUUUUUUUUUAAAAGAGCAGACAUAUGUGUAUAAAGUCCAUCAAAAUAGCUAACUAAAACCAACAAAUAAUUGUGUAAUAAUUGUUGGACUCUCCUGAGACAACAAAACCACCAAAAACUAAAUGGGCCCCCAACAUGCUUGAUAAGUGAAACCACAUGAGUUCAAUUCAAAAUGUCUAAAACAGUUUGUGUUUGUGUGUAAAUGAAAUGAUGCGGAAGUAUUUUAAGUUGCACAUACUGUAAAGCAUUCACUCCUUUGUUUUGUAUAUAAUUGAGGAAGAAGAAAAAAUAUCAAUGAAUUUGAAUGUUUAUAUUCUGAACUACUGUGGUAAGCUUAAUAUAUAUGGUACAUUUCUGUGGAGUUUGUAUUUGCAUACAUCAUAGAAAUGCACAGCUUGGAAAAGUUGGCUCCAAAAUACAUUCAUUCUGAUUCUUUACAUGAGCAAAAUUUAUAUUAAAUAAAACAAUCAAGGUAGUGUAUAAAUAGUGCUAAUAAAAAUAUGGAAUUUACCAUGAAGCAAUUAUUGCUCUUUUUAUGGGCUCCAAGGGAUUUGGACCAUGGACUCAAAAAUGAAAAUUGGUCAAAUGUGACCUACCAUCUUAUUAUUAUCAAAAAAUGAAGCACAAAAAUGAGUUGAUAUGAGACUUUGAUUUGGCAUUUGGUUCUAUAUAAAUGAGAUGUGAAUAUGUUUGAAGGAGGCCAUCAAAAAGAGACAGCAAAAGUGUAAGGUGGGGAAGGCACUGUCCAGAUCUCUACCCAAUAGAGCAUGCUUUUUACUGAAUGAAGACUGAAGUGGAGGCAGCAAGAAACACAACCAACAAACAAGUGAAGGUGGUAGUGCAGUAUCUGCAGAACGCCUGAAGGUCCAUUAGAAAUUGACCGCAAAUGCGUUCCAUCCAAAUCACAACGUGGUCCAAAUAUUGUCUGAAAAUGCAGGCACUCAUGCAUAAAAUGUCCGCAAACCCGAAAUGCUAAGUGCAACAUCACAAUCUCUUGUUUUAUUUCACUUGCUUGCUCUUGUUUCAGGAUAAAUACAUCUGGACACAGCUCUACAUACUACUGAUGAGUCAGUAAAGAGUCAAAUUUGGUCAUUGUAGUCAUUUUGUAAUAACAGACUGAAACCAAAAGUAUUCAUUCUUGCUGGCUUUAUUUCAGCAAUAUUUUACGAGUUGAAAAAGGCAUUUAGUCCACAAAAGUGUCUGACAACAUUCAAAGUGUAAAAAAAAAAAACAGUGUGCAUGAGAAUGGGGGCUGGGGGGAGUACUGCCUUUGGUUAUAACAACAAAUACAACGUGGUAUAAACACAGAGUAUGAUCAGGACAUGACAACCUAAGUAGUGUACCUAUGUGUUUUGAUUACUGAGACUUUACUUUGAAGGGUGGUUUCAUCAGUACAUUUACAAGAAAGAGGACAGUUAUCUGUACAUGGAACAUGGAUUUUACAAUGCCUCCAGGACUAACAAGAUGAAUACACUUCAAAUCAAAGCGAUGUCAAGAGUAUUGUGAAUGUUUUUACUGCAUAGUAGCAGUACUUUGAGGAAUUCAAUAAGUGGUGCAGUUUAUAUAAGACCAUGGUCCGAUUCAAAUCAAAUUUAGUAAAACCGAUUUGCUUAUAUAUACAACUGUAUCUUGUGUUCUGUAUAUUCAGGAUAAUUAUGUAUGAUGAAGAAUCACUGAUGGUGUCGUGGUACACAGGCCUGCCUUUGUUGCGGGCAGUGUGGGAUCAAUUCCAGCUUAUAUCUGCCCUGCGACUGACAGUUCAGGUUGUAGUCUGCCUUUCGCCUGAAGCUAGCUAGGAUAGGCUCCAUCUUUCCCGCAACCCUUGUGAGGAUAAGCGGCUUAGAUAAUGCCAUGACAUGGCAUUAUGUAUGAUUCUCUUCAUAAAAGUCACAUUAAAAAAAAGUGAGAUCUUGUAACAGUUGUAUAUUCCAGCAGCAGGUUCAAGGACGGAAAUACACCUAUGAGUGCAUUAAUUUAGUUUACAUAGUAAAGUGAAAAAAUAAGCAUCACUGCAACAAUUGUGAGUGUAAAUAACUAAUUGCUGUUUUUUUUUUUUCAAGAAAUACAUUGAAAGGAUUAGAAUUCAACCUAAUUUUGCCUCUCUGCAGAAAAUUUAUUGGCAACGUUUGGACAUUGACAUUAGCAACUGGAAGUCAAUUAAUAUUUGUUGUUGUACAAAGAAUAUGAUGGAGAAAAUGAUUUGUGCGAAAUUUCCUUUCAAUAAUAUAGCACAGAACAAUUCUGUCAAAAAUGUAUUUUUCUUCCUAAACUGAUACAGCAAGUAGCAUUAUGCCGCAAGUUUUUUUUUUUUUUUACAAUUCCACUGAGUAUUACCUGACAAGGAGGGGUCAAAUUAAAGCUUCAUCUGCAGGGUGGCCUGAAGGUAAUUAGGGGCCACAGUAAGAAAAUAGAUAUUUUGUACUUCAACCUUGAGACACAUUGAAAAAUCAAUUGUUUUAUAAAGAGGUGGCUACAUAGAUUAAUAAGGCUGAGGGAUGUUUAAGUAGCAUCGAUAGCAUCAUUAUGCACAGUUCACAGUUUCAUAAAUAAAAAGAACACAUAUUGGUCAAAUAUUAUGGUUACGUUCAGCAACAUUAUUUGUCAGAAAAAGGCAUUACAGGGAAAUUGAUUGUUGUGAAUUUGUCAACU